CGCUACUUCCUUCCAGCAGUUUGUAGUCAGCCACAGUGGCUGCAGUAGAUCAUGGAAAGUGCUGCGCAAUUUCGUGCUGUAGUAUUGGUUUGAGAAAGAUAUUACGGCUGUUUAAUAGUCUGAAUAUUAAUAGACUUUUUGAUAUCAAAAAGAAGACAAAAUUGUAGACAAGGUACUUGAUACCUUGAAUGCAAUAUAUAAAACUACCAAAAACAAAUGUUUUAAUGGGACGAUGCAUUUCUUAACAAAUUAAUACCAAAACGAGAUGAGUGCUUGAAAGCAAUUUGAAGCGAUAAUAUAACAAUUAGAGGAUUGAUAAUUCUUUGGUACGAAACAUAUAUAAAAUGGGGAAAAUAAAGAGAACACCGAUACCGUCUAUAAAAAUCAAGCGUCUUUCGACACACGCUCAUGAAGUUAAGAAAACUGUGAAAAAUGUUAAGUAUGUACGCUGUAAAUCGGACAUUAUGCGUAUGAAUAAGAACAUAAAAAGAUCACUUAAAAAUUGCAAGAUGAGACCUGGUAGUGUAAUGGACAGGAGAAAAUUAUCAAGCCCAUUACACUCAAUUUCUUCGGAGGCUACGAUAUAUUUUGAGACAUUGAAAAUUACGGCAGACCCGCAAGUAGACAUAGAUUGUGUAAGAAACAUGUCAACGGUGUCAAUUUAUGAUCGCAAUUACAGAAACCCCAUACAAGAAAACAUUUCCGAAGAUUCCGUGCAUAUCAGACCCGAUGUAACGCAGAAGUUGAAUAAUUUAAAUGUCGACGAUGAGAGUGAAGACAAUUGUAAUGUAAAUACACCGCAGCAGGAUAUCGAAUCCGAUAUUUUGCAGAGAACUUCUGACUUGCAUAUAAGAGACAGUAGUGAACCAAAUAUAUAUGAUAGAAUAAGAAAUAUUGUUAUGUCAUAAAAUGUAAAUUAAGACAGUCUAUUUACAUGUAUAUGUAUAAUAAAGGUGUGCAUAUAUUUCAUAAUUUUUAACAUAA